AUCCGCAUCUCACAUCGUUUUUCAUGCGGGAUUAAUGAACAUUCCAACCAACCAACCCCCUUUAUCUUUUGGAUCAAGUGAAGGAAAAGAGAAAAAGAACGAAAUGGACAAAUUCUUAGAAUAG